ACAAAAUAUGUGUAAAUUUGUAAUGUGUUGUGUCAGAGCAAUGACGUUUUGUUCUGAAUCUGCAAUAAUCGUUAGCUAGUACGUUUUAAAGUGUACAAUGGGCUUUAAAUUAAAGGCUCUAGUUGUAGUUUCGUCUGGAGUCGUUUUAGGUGUGUGUACGUAUGCCGCAUACCGUACAUGGAAGAAGCGACAGUACAGUGCCGAUGAUGAAGGUUUCGAAGAUGUUUCGAAGGCAAAAGAAUCGUUGGAGAAGAAAGUAUUGGUAUUGGGGUUGGAAGGAUCUGGAAAAUCAACAUUGGUCUCACAAAUUGUUAAGGAAGUCGGACAAAAAAGUAUCACAUCAAAUACUGUGUACAAACCAACUGAAGGUUUUAAUGUUACGUCUUUGUCUGAUGGAGGUUCUCCUACAGUCAAUAUAUGGGAAAUUGGUGGUAAAGAAAGUGUUCGAAGAUAUUGGCCAAAGUUUUUCCAAGAUACAGAUAUCUUAGUGUUUGUUGUGGAUGCUAGUAAUAAUUCAAAUCAAUCAGUUGUUGUGAGCGAGAUCAAAUCAUUACUUGGUGAUGCCCGUUUGGCUUCUGUUCCCAUUUUAGUCCUUGCCAAUAAACAGGAUAUGAUUGGAGCACUUAACGCAGAACAGAUCUCAAAUGUACUCGACUUGAAAAGCAUUCCAUCUAGAUCACAUCAAGUAAAAGUGUUAGAAACUCAAACAAGACCAGAAACUAAUGAGAUCCAUCAAACAGUAUUAGAAGUUCGGAAAGUGCUCUUAAAAUUAAGUUCCCAUAUGUAACAUGAAAGUAUUUUUUUUUUUUUUUAAUUUAAACGGUAGUAUGUAUGUAUAUUAUAUUUUAUACAUAUGCAUACAAAAUAAUAUUAUUUAAGAUAAAUCAAUUUUAUUUAUUAAUUUAUAGUGUUUUCAUAUUUAAAUACUUAAAAGUUCUAUAUUUAUUUGUUAAGAUAUAAUUUCAUAUAAUGGAUAACCUGAUUUUCUAAUUUCUAACAAUUAUAUUUUUUGUUUUAAAUUUAAGCACAAGAUUAUUUUCAAAACAAAUAUUGUUGACAUUGAUAUAUAAUUACUAAUCGUGAUAUCAAUAUCUAAUGAUAUUAGACAAAAUGAAGUGUGUCUGCAAACAUUUUAAAAAUAUAUCAAUAAGAACACAUUUUUUUUUUAGACGAUUGAAAUAUACAACUGUUAAUUAGAUCUGGGCUUAUAUUUAUAACUAUAAUGUAUCAUUUAAUUAAUGUCAAUUAGAAACUGUAAUUUUGAAAUAUAAAAAAUAUAGAACUUAAAGGAUUUAAACAUGUAUAAGAAAAAAUGUUUAUUUACUGAAAUAAGUGGUGUCAUGUUAAAAAUCAACUUGUGUAUACUUUUUUUU